AAUUGAGCUACAGGACUGGUUGGCGUACUUUUUACGUUGUUAAAGACAUCAUUUUGAACAACUUUUUACUUUUAUACCAACCUCAACUGUUAAAAUUUAUGGAGAGAGGCAAGGAAAACCAUCUUUCUGGUUUUGGGUUUUAACAUGCUAAGAACAAGUUAGAAACUAGGUUUAUCUCUAGUUUGUGUCGGUAUAUAUUUCCUGUGUAAGUGCCAGAGGAAGAAAUGAAGUGACAAAUCAUGGUUAGUUAGUGACAAUUAAUGGCUCGGUGCAGAAAAGAAACGACCACUGGGGUGAAGGUGUUUUGAGGUAAUCACAGUUCAUAAAGGUGCAAGACAGGUAGGAAAAGAACCAUUGAUGGAUAGCCCCACAUCAUUCGUGACAUAAGUGCAAAGUGCAUCGAGAGGUUUCUUUCACAACAAGGAGGGAGUCUUUGGCCAAACAAAAUAAAAAUAAAAAAGAAGGCAGUCCGGAGAACAGAGGUAAGGGAGUUCUCCUCAACUGCAAGAAGCCAUGGAGACCAUUUCUGAUUUGGAGAAACAGCUUGGAGGGAUGAGGGAGUUUUACUUGAAGGGAAAGACUAAGGAGGCAUCUUGGAGAAUUGCUCAGCUUAAAGGGUUGCGGAAUUUUCUUAGGGAGAAAGAGGAGGAUAUCUUUGAGGCUUUGAAGAAAGAUUUAAGAAAACAUCCUGUAGAGGCAUAUCGAGAUGAGUUAGGAAUCUUGAUAAAAUCCUUAAAUCUUGCUUUGAAUGACCUGAAGAAAUGGAUGUCAAGCAAAACGGCUAAACUACCUAUUAUAGCGCUGCUGUCAUCUGCUGAAAUAAUUCCUGAACCUCUUGGUCUGGUCCUCAUUAUUUCCUCCUGGAACUUUCCCUUAGGACUGUCCUUGGAUCCCUUAAUAGGAGCAAUAGCUGCAGGAAAUGCAGUGGUUUUAAAACCAUCGGAGUUGGCUCCUGCAUGUGCUGCCCUUCUAGCUGCUAAUAUCCCCAACUACCUUGACAGUAAAGCUGUAAAGGUAAUCCAGGGAGGUCCAGCUGUUGGUGAACAGCUCCUUCAGCAGAAAUGGGAUAAGAUUUUCUUCACAGGAAGUACACGGGUGGGGCGAAUAAUUAUGUUGGCAGCUACAAAGCAUCUGACACCUGUUACGCUUGAGUUAGGUGGAAAAUGUCCCCUUGUCCUUGAUUCCCUAUCAUGGUCUUUGGACAAAGAGGUGGCUGUAAACCGGAUUCUCUUUGCAAAGUUUGGAUGUUGUGCAGGCCAAGCAUGCAUAGCAAUUGAUUAUCUCUUAGCGGAAAAGCAAUUUUCCUCCACCCUGGUGAAUUUACUGAAGGCCAUGGUCAAGAAGAUGUUUGGAGAGAACCCCAAAGAAUCUUGCAGCAUUUCAAGAAUAGUUAACAAAGAUAAUUUCUUGAGACUGAAAAAACUUCUCGAUGAUCCAUUGGUUAAAGCAUCCAUUGUGCAUGGCGGCCAAAUGGAUGAAGAUAACUUGUUCAUUGAGCCAACAAUAUUGUUGGAUCCCCCACUUGAAUCAGAACUAAUGACAGAAGAAAUUUUUGGUCCCCUGCUUCCAAUAAUCACAUUGGAGAAGAUUGAAGACAGUAUUGAUUUCAUCAAUUCAAGGCCUAAACCCCUUGCACUCUAUGCCUUCACCAAAAAUAAAACACUCCAGAGGAGAAUGAUCACUGAAACAUCAUCCGGAAGUGUAAUAUUUAAUGAUGCAAUCAUUCAGUUUGCAGUUGAUACCCUUCCAUUUGGAGGGAUUGGAGAAAGUGGGAUAGGGAAGUACCAUGGCAAGUUCUCCUUUGACACCUUCAGCCACUACAAGUCAGUCGCAAGAAGAAGCUUUCUAACCGAUUUCUGGUUUAGAUUUCCUCCAUGGAAUAAUUCCAAGCUGCUACUCCUGGAUUCUGCUUACAACUAUGAUUAUUUUGGAGUCGUCCUUGUUAUUUUAGGUUUGAAAAGAUCCCGUAAAGGCUUCAACAUCAACUAGUUAUCCAGAUGAGUGCUACUUGAUGGUUUUUUAUGCGAAUAUUUGGCAGUAGACAAUGAUUAACGAUGGUUGUGGCUAGGAAUUAUUAUUUAAUUAUAGUUAUGUAGAUGAGUGCUACUUGAUGGAUAUUUAUGAGAAUAUUUGAUGGUUGAGAAUUAUUAAUUAAGGAUGUUGUUAGAAGUUAUUAUUUAAUUAUGUGUUUGUUAGAUGUUAUAAUUAAUGAAUAGUUAUGAA